UCACGCUCCUCCACAGAUUCUCAGACACACAGAAGAGAACAUACUGGGCUUUUCUGGUUGGUCAGGCCGAUGGGUGAGGCCCCUUGCCGAGUUCCCGCGAUGCGGCAUGGCUGAGAAGGGCUGGGCAGGCUGAUGACGUCGUCCUUAUUAGGUGUGAAUGUGGUUGAGUGUUCCUUGCUGGGCUGUUGGGUUUCCAUGUUUCAGGGUGUAGGCCUUAUGGGACAAAUACAAGAAAGACAUUCCAGCUGCUCUGGACGGUAGAUGAAUUUCCCUUUCUUCUCAUCAUCCGGUGAUUUUGAUACGUUUAUUCGUUUGUCCCACAACAGUCAGACUCUUCAAGAUGGCCCGGACAGGCUUCAUCCACCACUUUGGCACCUUCUUGCUGUUUUCAGCCUCCGUCUUGCUGAUCAUCACCUGCAUCUCGGCCCCAGUAGUGAGAUCUAUCGCUCUCCUCAAGGUCGAGCUCCCUGGCGGUGAGACCAACAAUGGCGGGUUCAACUUCCUGCCCGAUCUUGCUGAUGGGGAGAGUGGACGGAACGGAAACGAUCCCUCGGUUACGUUUGGUGUUUUUGGGUAUUGUUUGAAUGAUGUCCUUGGAGGCCAAUGCCCCCGCCGCCUCGGGUACUCCCCCCUCGGCAUCAUCCAGGACCUCGUGGGCCCCAACCGUGGCCAGUCGGGCAACCCCAACUUCUCCCCCGAGCAGACCUUUGGCGAGUUCUACUCUGACAACUCGGUGCGCACCUCGCGCGCGCUCACAAAGGCCAUGGUCCUCCACCCCAUCGCCGCGGCCUUCAACUUUAUCGCUUUUAUCCUUGCGCUGGGCGCGGGUAUGGUUGGGUCGCUGCUGGCGUCUCUUGUUGCUGUCUUGGCCUUUAUCAUCACGGCUGUGACCUGCAUCAUUGACUUUGUCCUGUUUGGCAUUGUGAGGAGCAAUCUGAGCAAUGGGUGGGAUAGUGACGAUGAGGAUAGCUUGGGGUUGCAGGUGGAGAGGGUUUACUAUGAUAAUGCUGCCUGGAUGACGCUCGCGGCUGCGGUGUUGAGCUUGGUCGGUGCUAUUGUUGUUUUCUUCAGCUGCUGCAGUGGGAGGAUUCAUAAGAGGAGGGAGAGGAAGAGGGCUGUGAAGGGGGAGGUGCCGGCUACCGAUUAUGGGACUCCUGUUGCGCCCAGGAGGAGGCGGAGAUGGUUCUAAGGGUCCGAGGAUGCCCUGAUGAUUAACACUGGUGUAGAGGGCAGAGUGGUGAGAAGGAGUAAUGAGUCGAUGAUGUGAGAGCGGAAGGCGAGAGGAGAGGAAGUGGUGGAUGGGGGGUUUACUCUUCUAUAUGAUACCAAUGUCUGUUAUGUAAUAAUUGGGGUUCGAUGUUUUUAUUUUAUACGACGACACAUACUUGAUAUUAUGAACACAC